AUGACUGCCAGAAUAGCAUAUUGUUCGGACAUGGAUAAGUCCGUCCUUGCAAACAAUUUCGAGAAAAGAGGAUGGAUACAAGUGAAUCCAGACGACGAAUGGAAUUUCUAUUGGGCAGGUGCGCAAACGUGCCGCUCGCUCUUCAGUGUUGACAGUGGCUACAGGAUGAAUGACAAUCAGAUGAUCAACCACUUCCCAACGCACUACGAACUCACGCGAAAGGAUCUCAUGGUGAAGAACGUGAAGAGAUACCGUCGAGAAUUGGAACGUGAGGCGCCAUUAGCAGCCAGGGAUGCUACGGGUCGUUACAUACACCUGGACUUCCUCCCAACAACGUUCAUGCUUCCCGCCGAUUAUAAUCUUUUCGUCGAGGAAUUUCGCCGGAACCCCAACACCACGUGGAUCCUGAAGCCGGCCGGUCGGUCUCAAGGCGUAGGCAUAUUUUUGGUGAACAAACUGGCCCAGAUUAAAAAGUGGUCGCGGGACACCAAGAGUUCCUUUAACCCCGCGCUCGUCAAGGACACUUAUGUGAUCUCCAGAUACAUUGAGAAUCCGCUGCUCAUUGGCGGGAAGAAAUUUGACUUGAGGACAUACAUUCUGGUGACGUCAUACCGACCCCUGAAAGCAUACAUGUACAAGCUGGGAUUCUGCAGAUUUUGCACUGUUCGCUAUGACACAUCAGGACAGGAGCUUGACAACAUGUUCGUCCACCUCACCAAUGUCUCCAUUCAGAAACACGGGUACAACAAUGUCCAUGGAGGAAAGUGGCCUAUGAGAACCCUCCGUCUCUACCUGGAAGGAACUAGGGGCAAGACAAGCACAGACAAACUCUUCACAGACAUCACGUGGCUGGUGGUUCACUCCCUCAGGGCUGUCGCUCCCAUCAUGGCGUCUGACAGACACUGCUUCGAGUGUUAUGGGUAUGACAUCAUCAUAGACGAUCAGCUGAAACCGUGGAUGAUCGAGGUCAAUGCGUCCCCUUCGAUGACGUCAACCACAGCCAACGACAGAAUCCUCAAGUACAAACUAGUGGAUGACCUUAUUAACAUUGUGCUGCCACCUGACGGGAUACCCAACGUCCACUGGAACAAAGUCCCGACUCCGGACAAGUACGGCGACUUCGAGCUGCUGAUCGACGAGGAGCUGUACCAGAACAGCGACCACUCGUCCAGCCACCGCGGAGGCCGUCAGUCCGACCGCCACUCCGCCCCUCGGUGGAAAUAGCCCGCGGCCAAGAAGUGUGGCAGGACAUCCUCCACGCUUCCCACUCACGCUCAACGAGACAUGGCCAGCUCCUCCACCAGCAGCUCCUCCAAGAAGGCCGACGUCGGAUCGCCCAAGGAUACCGUCCGCUCGCAGGUAGAGGUCGCUUACGGGGAGGAACCAGGUUUUAACGACCCGACCACCUCUUCAGCAGCGUCGAGGUGGUAGCGAGCUGGUCCUCGGGCUUUGUCUCAAGUGGGAAGGUAGAGAGUGUUCAACCGCACUUCUUGCUCUUCAAGAUGACCCGGCCUUCGAUCUCCUGGAUAUGAUCAGCGCUGGAACCCAAAAACAGACACAAGAAAAUUCCUCAUAGACUGACACAUCGAAGAAAACAGGUUUGUCCCUUGAGAAAGUGACAUAUCUCCGGUGUAUUUUCAAGGCUAUAUGAUCGUUUACACAGGACUAAAUUAUGCCAGGUGUUCCUUGAUGUCUUAUAUCUCAAACAAACGACAAAGAAGAUCUAAAACAGCCAUGAAAAAAGAAUUUCUAGUGCACACCACUAAAACGAAAAUUUGAUAAUUCUCGCACAUUAUGUUCGGAACUCCUCGUCCUGCUCGUCCAGACGAAUUGAACAAGAUGUCUUGACCGAUCGGAACCUCUACUUUCUCGUCCUGGACAAGUUGUCCAUCUCGUCCAUCUCGCCCUCCUGCGAAGGUGGGCGAACAGGACGAGAUGACGUCACAAUAGCAUUUGUAUGUAAACAAUGCCAGUUGCAGGAAACCACAAGAUAUGAUAGAUAAUGCUAUUGCCGUUUAUUGAUGUUAUCAAAGGAUAUUUUUGUGUUUGUCAGUUGCAGGUAAGUUGAAUAUGCAUCAACUGAGUUACAAAACCUACGCAGCGUGUAAAAUAAAGACAUCGGUAUGAUAAAAAGAAUGUUU